AUGGCCUCCCUCGCCCUCUCCCCCGCCGACAAAGCUCUCUCGCUCCUCGUCACGUCUUUCAAAGACCUGUCGAUAACGCUCUCGACCGCGACUCCGGCAGUCUCCCAGUUCACCGCUGGCGACAAGACCAUCACGGGGGCCUCAGCGAUCGCCUCGCACUUCGCAUCUCUCAUCCCCGCCCUCCAGAACACAACCUACACCGCCGAGGAAUCCGCCGAGAUCCAGCGAUGGCUCGAGCUCCUCCCGUGCACACCGGUACCCGAGAGCACUCUCGACACUCUCAACGAGACGCUCAAGUUCCGGAGCACGCUCCUGGGCGAGAAGUUCUCGAUCGCCGACGCCGUCGUCUACGCCAGCGUCAAGAACGAUGUCGCCGCGUGGAGCGAUGAACAGCGCACCGGCGAGAAGGGCCGCAGACAUGUCAUCCGCUGGCUGGACUUUGUGCAGAACUCGCCGGAGCUCGGUUUGAAUGUCCCCGAGACUGAGAAGGUCACGGUUGAUGUCGAGAAGGUCCUGUUUAUGCCCAAGCCUGAGGAGGCCCCUAAGAAGGAGAAGAAGCCGGCUGCGGCUGCUGUGGAGCCGGCCGCGAAGGGUGUGGUCGAGCAGGCGAAGAAGGGUGCCGCGGUCGCGGCGGAGACCGUCGAGAAGGUCGCACAAACGGUUAAGGAUGCGGCUGGUGCCGCGGUGGCUGCCGUCCAGGGGCAGGGAAAGAAGACGGAGAAGAAGGUGAAGCAGAAGCGCGAGGCCCCCCCGCCUAAACCAGAGCCCGUCAUGUCACCCGCCCAGCUCGAUCUCCGCGUCGGCCACAUCCUCUACUGCCGUCCCCACCCCAACGCCGACUCCCUCUUCGUCUCUACCAUCGCCAUGGGCGACGACCCCAGCAGCACUGUAAUCACCCCCCACUCCGAGAUCACCGACCUCCCUGCCGAGAUCCUUGCCAAAUUCAACCCUCUCCCUCCCGUCCGCACCGUCUGCUCGGGCCUCAACGGCCUCGUCCCCCUCGAGGAAAUGCAGGACCGCAAAGUCGUGGUCGUUGCCAACCUCAAGCCCGUAGUUAUGCGCGGUAUCAAAUCCGCCGCCAUGGUACUUGCGGCUUCUCCCCGUCCCGCGGCAGGAGAGGAGGCUAGCCACAAGAAGGAGUUCGUGGAGCUUGUCUCGCCGCCGGCAGGCGCCCAGGCAGGCGAAAAAGUGUUCUUUGAGGGCUAUGAGGGAACCCCCGAUGCCCAGCUGAACCCCAAGAAGAAGAUUUUUGAGCAGAUCCAGCCUGGGUUCAAGACGCUUGAGGAUGAUACGACGGUGGCGUUUGACCGUGCGCUUGCUGGAUGGGUCGGUCCCGAUGGAGAGAAGGGUAAGGCUAAGGGUGAGGCGGUCGCGAAGCUGGUUACCAGCUCUGGAGGCGUUUGUAAAGCCCCCACUCUCAAGGGUGCGGCUAUUUCAUAG